AUGACCACAGUCCCACCAGAGCAGAGCAGAGCAGAAGAUGAAACCCCCAUCUUCAGCGCUCCAACAUCCAACAAGGACCAAGCCCGACGACGAGACGACGACUACCGGUAUCGCCUACCGGUAUCUCUUGCGGCCGGAGAUGACCAGAACAAAGCCCCAAGAUUCACACGAGGAGUAGGAGAAGGAGAGCAGUUGAGCUCGCGAUUUCUGGCGCCUCAGAAACCCGCCAGUUCUGGGAAGCGUGGCCUGCAGGAGAGGGAAAGCUUCGCGGCGCGUGAGAGAGCCCGGGCCAAGCAAGCGAGCAAGCAAGCAAGCAAGCAACCACUGCAUCCUUUCCACGCCGGCCCAGAUCUAGGAGACCCGGACACGUCCCAGGAUGCAAUGCAGGUUCGCGUGCUCGCGCUCGCGCUCGCGCUCCACUUCGCUCCUGACUGGCUGACUGACGGACUGGACUGGACUGGACUGAGCCGCGCCAAGACCACUGCGCCAGAGGGCUGA